AUGGACGAGGAGCAGCUGCAGCCGCUGAAAAGGCCCUGGACAGAAUUGCACAAGAAACACACUGUGGCCAGCGAACACCGAUGCAUACAAUGGGUUCCCCAAGUGGACGUGGUUAACGACAGUCUGGACACAGCCUUGUUGUCAGUUUACAGUCAUUCGGGGCUAUCGUUUCCUAAGAACAAUGAAGUGUGCAUGCAAAAAGAAACUUUUAUGAUGUGUUUGAAGAAACAGUUGAAUAGUAUUCGAUCAGAUCAAAAGGUGGAAAAGCUUUUUAGAAAUCAUCCUUUGAAAAUGGGUGGGCUUAUUGGUGAACGAAAAGACAUCAAUAGUAUUAAACUGGGUUUAGUUGGCAGUCAUAUUUCACAAACUAAUCAUGGAUAUUCAAGAAAAGAAGAUGGCACUUUUUACAAUUAUUAAAAUAUUAUAAGGUUAGUA